GUUCUUGCACGGCCUUAUCUUCGAAUUAUUUUAGGUUAUGUGCGUUAUGUGUUUGUUUUGAAUUUUUAUACUUGCGUAUGGUGAUAUUCCCAUGAAUAUCUCUCCAAUCAAUAUUUUAACACAAGGUUCGAUGAAAUUUUGAAUUGCUUAAAUAUGUUUGAAGCACGCACCAUCAAUGCAGAGCACAAAGAUGUUAUUCACGACAUUGAUUACGAUUUUUAUGGACAGCGAAUGGCAACAUGCUCUAGUGAUCAAUUUGUAAAGGUUUGGGAUUUAGAUGAACAAAGAGAUUGGAUUGUAACGGCCAGUUGGAAAGCUCAUUGUGGAUCAGUUUGGAAGGUAACAUGGGCGCAUCCAGAAUUCGGGCAAGUAAUAGCAACUUGCUCUUUUGAUCGAACUGCUGCUGUUUGGGAAGAAACUAUUGGGGAAACAGUCAUACCAGGUGUGCAAGGAAUGCGACGUUGGCAAAGAAGAACUAGCUUGGUUGAUUCUCGUACGUCUGUCACUGAUGUUAAAUUUGGACCUAAAAAUCAAGGAAUGAUACUAGCAACAUGUUCGGCUGACGGUAUUGUUAGAAUAUAUGAAGCUCCUGAUGUAAUGAAUUUAAACCAAUGGACAUUACAACAUGAAAUAGCUGUUAAACUUCCACUAAGUUGUUUAGCUUGGAAUCCCUCAAUGUUUAGAUUACAUCCACCUAUGAUUGCUGUAGGCAGCGAUGAAGUAAACAGCACAUCAGGUGGUAAAGUGAUUAUAUAUGAAUACAGUGAGAAUGCUAGACGUUGGUCUAAAUCUGAGGUUAUCUCUAGUAUAACUGAAGCAGUACAUGAUCUAUCUUUUGCUCCGAACUUAGGUAGAAGCUAUCAUAUGUUAGCAGUUGCUACAAAAGAUGUACGAAUUAUAAUUCUCAAGCCGCAACAUGAGUUAAACUUAUGUUCGCAAGUUGUUCCAAAACUAGAUGUACAGACUGUAGCACAAUUUACUGAUCAUUAUUGUACAGUAUGGAGAGUUUGCUGGAAUGUUACUGGAACAACAUUAUCUUCUUCUGGCGAUGAUGGCUGUGUACGAAUGUGGACAAAGAGUUACACACAAGUAUGGAAAUGUGCAGCUGUUUUAAAAGGUGAUGGCUUUAAACCUGGAAAUGAUAUAUCCGCUAUUGCAAAUGCUACACACAAUAUUGUAGCGGCCCAUUCAACUACCAGAUAUUAUAAAUUAGCACUUUUUUUCAAGCAAAAUGGGCUGAUGAGUUUGGAGUAGUGCUGAUAGCACUCCCUUGAACUAAUUUGAAACAAGACAGAUGGAAAACAGACAAACUGGAGGACUAGGACCAGAAAAAGCGUGUUAUCGAUGAAUAUUUGUUAGAGAAAAUAAAAUACGGAGAAUGAAAUGCUGAGACACAGGACACCUGACAAUUGUUGUCACCAAAGUUUGGGAAGUAAAAUGUACUAAAGCGAACUAUAAACAGGGAAAUGCAU